AUGCCAGUACCACUCAUUAUCCCCCCAACGUCCUCUCUUAUCGCUGAGCCCGAUGCCAUUGUCCUAGACGCGUCGUGGCUUUAUGAGCCCGAUCCACCAACACGGAACGCUUAUGAAGAGUUUCAAUCAGGUCCUCGUUUCCCAAACGCGCGAUUUUGGGACCUGGACGCGGUGUCUGAGCCUCAUCCCGAUGGGUACGCCCUGAUGCUCCCUUCACCAGAACGAUUCGCCGCGUUUGCAGGCAAGUACGGAGUCACGAAGGAUUCGCAUGUCAUCGUGUACGACGGCGAAGGCCUCUUCGCCGCUCCCCGGACAGCAUGGACGUUCAAGGUUUAUGGGCACGAGAAGGUGUCAGUGAUUAAUGGUGGCCUACCGCGCGCGAAGAAGGAGGGUGUCAAGCUCGAGACCGGGCCGCCAAAACCCGUCGAAGAGACCAAAUAUCCCGUCCCAACCGUGGACCACAAUGCUGUUGUCCAGUUCGACGAGGUGUUAAGGCUCACCCACCGAGCGUCACCCUCAGCCGACAGCACUUUGCUGAUAGAUGCGAGGCCUGUGUCAUCCUACCAGGACGGCCACAUACCCACGUCUCUCCUUCUGGAUUUUCCCUCCUCCUUGCUUCAGGACCCAGCCAAUUUCACGUAUCUCCGAAGCCCCGGAGACCUGAAGGAGUACAUAGCCGAACAGCUUGGUCAAGACAAGUUGGAUCAGAUCCUCUCUCGCGAAGUGACAGUCGUCAACACUUGCGGAGGUGGCCUCUCGGCGGCGAUAAACUGGUUGUCUCUCAUGUCCCUUGGAGUAGAUUCUCGACUCUAUGACGAAGCUUGGGGUGGCUAUUCCGCCCGGCAGGGUACUCCUACAGUAUCAGGCCCAAGUCCUUUGUAG